AUGUGUCGCGCAGCAAACGGAUCCAUCAAAACAGCUGAGUUUAAAGCUCCUUUGGGAAGAAUUGGGUGUGACACUCCACUAUUGUUGCUGGAAAGCAGCUUAGAAGCGAUAAAGAACGCUACAGAAGACACAAAGCUGAAUUUCAUACUGAUCUCAGGUAAGUCCCAUGAUAUUUUUUUAUUUCAUAUUUGUCAUCAAAAUUAUGCAAAAACGUAUCGAAGAAGAAGUGAUAUAGAAAAACAUUUAACUAUAAAAAAUUGAGAAAAAAUAUUUCUUAAAAAACAUUUUAGGAUUUAUAAAAAACGACGACGUUUCGAAGUUGGCUAAACGUCCUUAUCAAUUGAAAGUCAAAAAAUAUAUUUACAAGUUGCACUCUCUAUAAAUACACCAAAAUAACAAUGGGUGAUAAAAAGCUAAACCAUUAGAAAAGAACAAUAGUAGUGCACGUAUGGGGUCCGCCUGGAUAUUUAAAUUUGGCUUGAGAUUCUUGGUGAACAGCAUUUCAAAGACAAAACAAUCAUAUUUUCCUUGGUACUUUCUUAAAACUCUAACUUGGUUUUCUUUCAAGAGGUGGUUGCUACCGUGAGCUUCCACAAAAUGUCAACCGAUUGUCGAAUAUUUGUGCGCAGCAAUGCGUUGAUGAAGGUGUCGGGCUGUGUACCCGACAUAAUCUGCAUCGCACAGAUCAUAUGAGAAACGGUAAACAACGCAUUGCCGAUUCGCAAUUGACGGCUUCAUUUCUUUAGGUUUAAGAUCUUGCCCCAAUUUCUUGCUCACAAAAACAGGCUGCAAUGUUUGGAGAAUCUUACGGCUACGAUCGCCUAACUGCUUCCGAACCGCAUCAGGGGCCACUUGAUCUUUGAAUGGAAGACUAAUUCUUACUGUGCCUCUAUCAUCGGCGUUUCUUUCCGCUGUGCUUGCCGAAGCAUUUCUAAAAAUUAAAUUAUUAAUAGCGGAAUCAGUAAGGCCCAUAGGGUUUUCAAGACGACUGAAAGUAGAGCGCAAUUUAGGGUUAGGGUUAAGUUGACCAUUAAACUGAAAAAGCUGAUUGGUUGUGGCAAUUUUGAGUAGUUCAGUAAGCUGAUCCUUUUGCAGAUUAAGGCCAUUGGUUUUGUUGAACCAAUCAUCUGUGAAGGCUUUGUUGACCACGAUGUUGAUAGUCUCAUCUAAAGGCACAUAAGUGAAGAGAGCUGUGACGUCAUAAGAGACCAAUAUGUCUUUAUUCAUAGAACGAGUACGAAUCUCAUCAGCAAAGGCUUUGGUGUCAGUGAUUGUAUACUAAUUUAUGGAAAGUGGUUUCAGCUUUUCUUCAAGCCAUAAAGCCAGAUUGUAAUUGUAGGUUCCGGUUGCUGAUAAAAUAGACCUCAUCCCAGCGUGGCUUUGUGAGUCUUAGGUAAGCCAUAAAGAUGAGUGAGCCUGGAACUCUUUGGAGAAAAUGAAUUGGCAAUUUCUUCAGGCAAAAUUUGACGUAAAUGUUCUUGCAACUCUUUCUCUUUCUGAAAGAGAGGGCGAAAAUGCUUAGGUGGUCGUCCACGCAUUUUUGCCGGUCGUUUGUGAUCAACGUGUGAAAAUUUAGGGUGUUGUCAACGGAAGCAGCGCUUACUAGGCGGAUAUAUUCGGGUUUGUCCAUCAUGACAAUGACAAUGACAAUACUUUAUUCAAGAGAAGGAAAAUGAAAAAAAAAAAUUAUAAAAGUAUCUCUCGAAAGGGGAUAUUCUAGCGGUUAACCCUAUACAAAAGAUUCCCCGAAUAAAAAGACCAAAACAUUAUACACAGAUAAUUAAAAACUGUUUACCAUCAUCUCAAUCAAUAUUCAUGUAAAUCUUAAGUCUGUUACGAAAUAAAGUCAAUGAUCCUGCGUGUACAAUAUCUUUAGGCAAAUUAUUCCACAUAUUAACGAUCCGUACAAAAAAAGAAAAUUUGUAGCAAUUUACGAUAGCUAUUUUUACGUAGAGUUUACAAUCGUGAUUGGCUCUAGUUCGAUUACAUUUAGUAAGUUCAAAAAAGUCCGAAAAAGGAAGACUAUCUAUUCCCAGAACUAUCUUGUAGCACUGGAUUAGAGAUAAAAACUCUCUUCGUUUCUCCAAAGUUUGCCAAUUCAGUAGGCGGCAGCGGUCUUCAUAGCUCAUUUCUCCGCGUUUUUGCUUUAAUGCCAACCGAGAUGUCCUUCUUUGGACUUUUUCCGAGGAUUCGAUAUCCUUUUUUUGGUAGGGGCUCCAGACGGGGACAGCGUAUUCGAGUAUAGGUCUUACUAACGACUUAAAGAGGCAGGAAAACGCAUAGCGAUUAUCGUUUCCAAGUGAUCGCCUAAUUAUACCCAACACUUUGUUCGCCUUGUUUACUAUGUAGGAAACGUGUUUACCCCAAGAUAGAUCGUAGUUUAUUGUGACCCCUAGGUCCUUGGCACUGUCGACAGAUUUUAGUUGCGUACCAAGGGAAUAACUUGGCUUGGAUCUGUCUCUACUGUGCGUUACACGCAUAACUUCACAUUUUUCAGGAUUAAAGCGCAACUGCCACUUGUUAGCCCAAUCGCUUAAUUUGUUCAAGUCCAGCUGUAAGGCUGGUAUAUCCUUAUCAGGCUCCAUGAUCUUGCGAUAGAUUUUAGUAUCAUCAGCGUAGAUUUUCACGGUUGAUGUAAUGUUUGCCGAAAUAUCAUUUACAUAAAUAAUGAAUAGGAACUCCAGAACCUUUAUCAGGCUUAGGGAAAAGGUUCGUACCAAGUAGUCGUUAAACAUAUUAUAUAACAAACCAUCAAACACGAAAAUAAAGAAAUACACAAAAACAACAAACUACGAGGUCUUUCUGUUUUGAAUUAGAAGACUUGCGUAAAACAAUAGAGACUGCGCGUUUGUUUUGAACAUUUUGUUCCUGACGGCUUUUGAAUGGUUCUGAAUAAUUGCCUGACGCUUUUGAGGUGUUGCGGAUUAAAACACAUUUUAUCUCUUUGCAGGUUGUUUCCCUUAGAAUCACCGAGUCGCUCAAAUAGUCAUGAAAUUAACUAUCAUUGAUUUUUUUUUUAACUUGCGUUACCCUGAGUAUAGUCAUUCAGUACAUUCAAUGGAAGUCGGUAUCAAAACUCCUCAAGUUAGAAUCGAGCCGUUGCUUUUGUUUGGCCCAUAGCCAUAGUGAUAAAAUAAAGAUUAUUGAACUUCUGAACACCGCUGAGAUGAAUGCAGCUGCGCAAGCUAAUUAUGCUUUAUUGCAGUCGAUCAGUGACAGAUGUAAUUUCAAAUAAUCACCAAAAUGUCCAUUACUUUUUUCCCCUUCCUUUUUUAUCUUUGUAGGAGACUUCUCAGCACAUGAAGUUGAUGUUGAUGAACAGCACAUUCUCGAAGCCAUGAUCAGGACAGCGAAUAAGACACAUGCAGUUUUUCCUGAUAUUCCUGUGUUUCCUGUCAUUGGUUUACAUGAUUAUCUGGUACCACUCACUUUACCGAACACCAGUGAUUGGUACAACUCUGUUUUGUCUCCAUGGGAACCGUUAAUGAUUUAUGAUGGCAGCGCAGGCGAUGCAAGCAAAUCUACAUUUAGUAACACGUUAAGAGAAACCUUCCUUGAGGGCGGUUACUACAAUGCAAGCAUUGCAGGUAUUUUUGAGCAUUAAAAUUCGAGGAAACUUAUUGCCCUAAUGUUAUGAGAUAUUUGUAGCGUUUAAUUUGGCGGGGAGAAAAAAUUCUUUGUCGAUCCAUUGAGCCUAUGAAGAGAGAUAAUUUUUCUUUGGGUCGAACUGAACGUCUUCCAACACCGCGCAGGCCUAAGCGCCAUAUUUUUUCAGCAAGACUAUAAAUUAAUACCUUUCCGUCGACCAGUGACCAAACUGAUCAAAUAACUUUGAUCUUUAGAUGGGAGAAUGAUUUUAAUUGUAUUGAAUACCAUAUACUGGCACUACAAAAGCAACCAAGACAAUCUUCAAGUUCGUAAAACUGCGUUAAGUCAGUUGUCGUGGUUAGAAAGUCAACUCGAGUCUGCUGAAGGACAAGGGAAGAGAGUACUGAUAGCAAGUCACAUUCCACCAGGGUGAGUGAUUUCUGUUUAGGAUUUUAAUGAAGAACGUUUGCCGUUAUCAAGCGUUAUGAACGUGAUACUGAUGAGCAAGCACUGAUAUCCAAGAAUUGUUUUAAUCACUAAAUCCUCCUUGCCUGGAUGAACAACGGCGUCUGUCGAUAAAGCGGUUGAGUAAAGAGCCCCACUUGCACAUUUAGCUUUGUCUUCUCCAUAAAACCGCUGGCCGUUUCUUUAACCAUGAUUAGACCCCUUUUAUAACUCCACUCCCUUCCUCAGCAUACCACACUUGAUCAAAUGAACGAUUGUCGAGCGCAAUAAUGUCUGGAUUCGUUCUGUUAGUAAUCUUCGAUAACAUUCAUGCUCGGGAUUUUUAUAAGGGUUUUAUCAUUCAGUAUUGUCAGUGCUAUCGCUUUUUGAAUUCUAGAGUGGAUGUUGACGACCAUGAGCCAUUUUGGUUGCCCAGUUUUACUAAACGAUAUAUGGAUCUGGUUGGUGGAAGGUAUCACAAAGUGAUAGCUGGUGAGAAGAUUUUACAAAUUGAUAGUAAUCUAACAAAAAAAGCAUUCUCUCCUACUUUCAAUUAGCAUACAAGAGGGGAGUGAAUUUUUGUUCAAUACUAGGCUUCCACUAAACUUUCGUUGUAUGCAUGUGUGUUUCAAUACUGGACAUCAAGACACCCCUUUAGUCAUGGCAGUCAAAUUACGUUUUUGCGACGAAAACUGAAAAAGAUCUGCUUAGCAUAAUUUCACAGAAGUUAACUGGAAUAAAGGGUUAAAUUGUAACUACUGAUCCUGUGAUUUUCAAAUUUUUUAUUGGAGGUCAGCUAUUUGGUCACGUGCACAAAGACGACUUCAGACUUCAGACUCUGGAAUCAAACUCUGACUCUGUCUCUAAUGACGCAAGGAAGUCUUUUGCAUUGAUCGCUCCCUCUCUUAGUCCAGACUACAAGAGUAAUCCAGCCUUCCGUGUGAUGAUAUUAGAUAAACAAUCAAUGUCUCUUUAUGACUACAAUCAAUACUACAUUGACCUUGACUCGACCAAAGGUAAGGGCGUGGCUCCGUAACUAAUCAAAACAAGGACGCGUUAACGAUCAUGCCGAGUUGUGGAGAGUUGUAACAUUAUAGGCAUCGGCGACCACUAAACAAACGAAAAAUUGAAAAUCCGUCGAUAUAAUGCCUUCAGAAUUAGUGUCACCAUUUGAAACGAAGUUUUACAUUAUUCUUCACUUUCAAACGUUUCCCAGUUUGUGUCUAAAAAGAUUAAAUGUAUCUUUACCUUUUUUUUUUCAGUGUCCUCCACUCCUGUGUGGCGGUUGGAUUACACAUUCAGCAAGAAAUACCCCUUGUUUGCAAAUAAGUCUAUAGAUGCCGAUGGAAUCUAUAAACUAACCGAGGCUUUAAUAAAUAACGAGAAUGAUAUGUUCUGGAAAGCUUACGCAUUUUCACGACAA